AUUUAGUCUUUCUCUCAUUUGGAGGGAUUGUAAAAAAUUGUAGCACACCUUUCCUUCCUCUCAAUUUACCAAACAACUUCUAAGGACACACCAAUUCCAUCCACUACUUUCCCUUUUCCACACCUUAUACCAAUCCAUCCUUGCCGUUUUCCAUCCAUCAUACCAAACAAAGCGUUAGACUCACGCACCUCUCUCUCUCUCUCUCUCUCUCUCUCUCUCUCUCUCUCUCGCUUUUCCUAAAUCGUGACGACGUCAUCAGCCAUCUCUCCGGUGAACGACGUCCUUCUCCUCUCUUCGUCAUCUGUGGUGGUUGUUGGUGGAGUAGCUUUUCUAGCAGCAACAUUCGGCUUUGGUUCGCGACAAGUUUUUUCUACAGGUUUUGAAAGAUGAGGAUAAGCAUCGACAAUAUCAUAAGUCUGUAAAAUGGAGAACAGGGACGAAGUGGGUUCUUCUCCAAUUGGGUCGAGACAGUCGGACUUGAAGAAGUCUUUCAAGCUCGCUGUAGUUUCCUUGCUCACUGCCUGUUCUAAGCAGGAUAUAAGCAAGGCAUUUCCUAAUUUUGCUGCUUCUGAGCAAGAUUAUCUCUAUCGUCUCUUUAUUCAGGUCGUGGCUUCUUUGCAUGGAAAUAUACAGGAGGAAUUUGAAUCACUGUGUCUUGAAAGUCAGGUGGGAACUACCCUUGAUACGGUGGAGCAAUUUUUGGAAGAACAAGCUCUCAACCCUUUGCAUUCAGAUAAGACUAAUGUAUUCGAUGUUGCUCAGAAUGUAUUGACAUUGAAAAAGAACGAAAUCCAGCACUUGGAGAACAUGCUACAAAAGGCGGAAGAACAAAAUUGCCUCAUUCGAGCUCAAAUUGAAGAUUUAAAGGAAAAAGAGGCAGAUGUCUCAGUCAUGGCUGAUGCUGUUCAGAAGUUGAGAAGAGGGAGUUUAAAUUAUGGGCUACCAGGAAGCAAUGACAUAAACAUCAACCCAUAAUUAUUGAAUGGGAAUACAAGUAUGUUGAAAAUCCGAUCACUAUAAAUCGAAGGUCGCAUGUACUUAUACUUACAAUAUCAUUGAGAACCAUUAUGUAUGGACCAUGUAUUUAGAUAUUGUUAAGAAAAUAUUUAAACAACUACUACUGAUAAAUAACAAAUUGUAGUUUGAGGUUAUUUUUGUUAGAAA